CGUCCCGAUGCAUGGUGGCUAGAGAGAAGCACUAUUAAAGAAGACUGUCCGCCGUGAGCAGCAGGUCCAAGCAUAGAGCGAUAAUGGGGGUAGCAGAGAGGAGCGUUGGACGGUAUACCAUCCUCGCAAUCAUCACCAUCAUGACGCUUGUAGGUACGGCGUCUACGGCGAAGAGUAUAGGAAAUACUAAGCGAUUGUUUUCCCCGAGCCAUGACGUCACUUGGGAUGUGGAAUGGGGAGAGUGUGGUCGACAAUGUGGACUCCAUAGAGGGGAGGUAAAGGCACGGGCUGUUUGUGUGUCGGAGUUGAACAAUCAUGAGUUGGGGAAGGCAGCCUGUCAUGGCGUUCAGAAACCAGUAUUACCAGAAAAGAGACAGUGCAACGUUCGUGAGUGCGAGAGAUUUGUAUCUAAGCGAGUGUUUGAGAACUCAGUGGAAAAUUCAACGGCGAAGGAAGCGUUUUCACCAAAGCAUUGCGAUCGAGUUAUCCAGGCUGAGACCGGUGAAGUUACCUCUCCAAAUUGGCCCAGGAAAUCUAUUCAAUUCCUCCAGUGCCAACUGACGAUCUUGCUUCCUCGGGACAAAAGGCCGAGGCUGACGUUCGGCUCUUUUACCCUUGAGGGUGGAAUGGAGUGUACUGAAAAUAACUAUGUUGAGAUUUUUGACACUGGAACAAAUCGUUCAGAGGCACUUUGUGGUGAUCAACCAACUUUCACAUGGACGGCCGAUUCAAACGAGGUCAAGAUCCGAUUUAGUGCAGAGUCGGAAGAGGUCUUCAACCGCUUCCAUGCCACCUACGUCACCAUCCCAAAAGCACCCCAAACAGAUUGUUCGUCUGUAUUUACCGGUCGAAUGGGUCGAUACUUCUCCAGCGAGUUCCCCUCAAGCAACAACGCCCAGUCGUCGGAAUGUGAGGUUCUGUUUCACACCAGCCCGAGUAACAGGGUCAGCUUAUCCUUCCUGUUUUUCACAGUUCCAUGCGAGGAAUAUGUAACUCUGAAGAAUACGCUCACAGAUGAUUCGAAGAGUUUCUGCGGUGCUUACGAACAUUUCUCUUGGACGUCUUCUGGGAACGAGGCCGUCUUGAUUUAUGAGAAAUCAAGGAGCGAUGAGGAGUUUGUGAUUGACUUUGAGUAUGAACCACUCGAAGUUGAAACUCAUGGAUUCACAGAAAUCAUAAACUGUACUCGUACCAUCACUGGGGUGACACGGGGUACCAUCACCUCCCCCGGUUACCCAGAGGCUUACCCUGAUGAUGCCGACUGCCACACCCUCAUAGUGGGCGAGCCCGGCCAGGUUGUCACAAUCUCAUUUCUGGAUUUUAUGCUGGAGCCUUCAAAUGAUGUCAAUGGCGAGCCAAUGGAAUCCUGCCAAUUUGAUCAUGUGAUGAUUGUUGAUAUAACGACGGAUAAGACAAAUCUUUAUUGCGGUUUGCAUCAGCCAUUCUCCUGGACCUCGGAUUCUAACCAGGUGCUUAUUCUCCUAAACACUGACGACUCGGAGUCGUACACGGGUUACCAUGCUGAGUUCCUGAUAUACGAUGAACCAGUACCAGAUUGUGUGGAUAUUACAGUGACUAACGACACAUCAACCCAAGUUAGCUCCCUCCUUCAUCCCAACUCGUAUCCUAGCAGCAAAGAAUGCUCUAUGAAUAUUCAUCAGAAGCCUGACUUGUUUUUCAUAUUUGACCUUCUGACCUUUGACCUGGAGGAAUCAGACAACUGUGAGAAGGACGCCCUUCAGCUGAUGGAUUUAACGACCAAGAGGACGGAUCGAUUCUGCGGACAACUAUCAUCAUUUUCCUGGACAUCGGAUAGCAAUGAGGUACAACUCUCCUUCAGCAGUGAUGAGAUGAUCCAAAGAACUGGUUUUCAGAUAUCCAGCCGGACCAUGGAGCUACCGCAAAAGAAUUCACCAGAAAGAGAUUGCAGACAGCGUCUCACCAAGUCCAGAGAUUUUAUCCGGCUCCCCGUUUCCCCCGGUAUCCCACCUCUUGGUAGAGCAGAUUGUUUCCUUCUCAUUAGCGUCCAGCCGACCGAUCGAAUCAUUCUAAAAGUUGACACUUUCGCCAUUGAGCCACCACCUACAGGCCAGGAGGCUGACUCUGUUCAGAUACAAGAUAUUUCGUUACAACAAGCUCAUGAGGAAAGAUUAGAAGGAGAACUGCCGUCAUUUACUUGGACCAGCUCAAGGAAUGAGCUGCUUAUUCUAGCGACACAGCACAGCAGCGAUAUAGCCUCAGUCCGCCUCCAUGGGACCUACCAUACUACUCCAAGACCACUGCAGGCCUGCAGCCGAACUAUCCUUGAAGAUGAAGGGGUUGUUCAAUGGCCGGAUGACUUCUCGUCUGAUUCCACCGACUGUGAGCUUACCUUCCAUACGCAUCCAUUGAAACGUGUCAUCCUAACAUUCGACAAACUUCAGGCCCCAGGAAUUGACUGCUCAGACUUCAAAAUCGAGAUUUUUGACGUUGAGCCGAGUCGCACCCUGAGCUACUGCGAGACUCAGUUUGAGCCAUUUUCUAUCAUCUCAACGUCCAAUGAGAUACGGCUUCAGUUCAAAUGGACCAAUAGUAGGCCUCUGUCCAUUUUGAGACGACAAGUACUUGAUAACGUGGUUGUCAUGGUGAGACACUUUGUGAUGGAACGACCCCUACAAGCUGUUGAGCAUGUCGCAGAGUACCACAGGGUUUAUCGACAGCUUGAGGGUGAGUUCUCGUCUCUAGAUCACGGCCGAGCAGUUUGGAUGCUCGGGAACUGCUCAGUCCUCAUCGAAGUUCCGUCUGACAUGCAGGUCUUGAUACACCUCCAGGAUUUCUUGAUUGGAGGGCAGCAUAAAGUGUUCGACGACAAGACAUCGAAAAAAUGCAAUCCGGAGUUUGUGCUGAUCGAGGAUGUUAGCAACGGCCGUGAGAAUAUCUACUGCGGAAACUUCAAGUCUUUCUCGUGGCUGUCGGAUACCAACGCUGUCCUGGUUACCUUCUUCACAAACCCAGUCGUUGUGUACCACGGGUUUAGGGCCAAAUACGAGGCUGUUCAGAGAGUGGACGGUCCAACUGAUCAUUUUUCUGAAGACACCGGUAGAUUUACCUCAACAAAUUUCCCUGAUCAGUACCCUUCUAACUUGGAGCACAGCUGGGUAAUCCACAGUACUCCAGACCACAUCGUGUCGUUGGUUUUUGAUUCGUUCCAGCUGGAGGACUCUGAUGACUGUAGCAAGGACUUUGUCAAGAUCGAAGACAUGUCAAGUGGAUUCAGCUCAGUCCUCUGUGGGACUCAUGGUCUCUUUGCUUGGACUUCGUCUGGCAAUGAGGUCAUCGUUACCAUAGAAACAGAUGAUGACAUCCCAGCAUCCGGGAUUUCGGUGGAGCACACGUGGGUGGAUGUUUCCGAAGGUUGUUUUCUGCUCCUGAGGGGUGAGUCAGGGACCAUCAAGUCUUCAGAAUUCUUGGAGGAGCAUGAACAUUGGGAGGGGUCGUGUCAACUCGUCAUCCACACCUCUCCAGACAAACGUCUAAGCAUUUUGGUGGAGGGGAUGGUCAUUGAGAAUGACUGCGGGAAUGCCGGUUUGACUGUCGUCGACAUUGCAACCUUGCGCAGAAAGGUCAUCUGCGAGGUCAACAAUAAUUUUGUUUUCACGACCGACUCAAACGAGGUCGCGAUCGGUUACAUCAACUACCAGACGACACCUCCAGACUUUACCAUCAGUUGGCAUUCCCUACAUCGUGACGUUGUACCUGCGGAGUGUACCAACAUCUUCCAUGUGCCAGCCCUUGCCAUAUCUCUGACGGACGGCUUACCCACAUUACCCGUCCUACCGGCAGACAGUGGCUGUCAGAUCCUCUUCACUCUCCCACCAGUACAGACUGUACUUCUUGUCAUUCAUGAGCUCUCGAUACCCGAUGCCGACUGUGAGAAACAUUAUUUUGAGAUUGAAGAUUUGGCCACCCUGCGCUACGAUCGUUACUGUGAGGUAAAUCGUACUUUCUCGUGGAAAGCCGACAGCAACGAAGUCAUUGUGAAAUUCUCAAAGACUUCUUCGACGAUCCGUAUUGUCUUGGACUUUAACAGUAUCAGAUACCCCAAAACAUCAGAUUGCAGUAAGGUCCUGACCGCUGUCGAAGGUGACAUCCAGUCUGUCGGCUUCCCUUCGGACUACCCACUAGACAUGGAGUGUCAGACGCUGAUACACGCCCAGCCAGACGCCAGGGUUCAGAUUGUCUUCAGUGAGUUUGAGUUGGAGGAACCAACUGAGGCGGGAAGCUGUUCAACCGACUACCUCAAGCUGAGUGAUUUGACGACAGGUGAGAAUCUGACCCUGUGUGGCCAACUUGGUCCGUUCAUAUGGUCCUCCAUCGGGAGUGAAGUCCUUCUGGAGUUCGUCUCCGAUGAAUCAAACACGUUCCCAGGAUACGCUGCGUAUUACACCGUGUUGCCAUGGAUACCCGACGCUCCAGGUUGUAACGUAACGCUGACAUCAGAGACUGGAAUCAUCCAAUCACCGAACAACGCCUCCAGUAUCGUAUUAUAUGACAACGCCCUCAAUUGCUAUCAAUGGAUCGUGGUCGAACCGUCUCAGUACGUGAUUCUUUCGUUCAGUGUACUCAAGCUCGAAUCCGAUCCACAAUGCUCAAAGGAUUUCAUUGAGAUUCGUGACGUGAUCACCCAAGAUGUGUCUGUCUUUUGCGGCAACAAGAAUCCUUUCACUUGGAUCUCGGAGGGAAAUGAAGUCAUCGUGAAAUUCCAAACUGAUGACGAGAAUCGUUUCCAAGGUUACAGGGCAACAUUUAGAGCUCUAGAGAAAGAGAUAUUUUCCUCGUGUGACUCGACGCUGACGUCACCAGAUGGGAGCAUCUCAUCCCCCGGCUUCCCGUCACGGUACGACAACGACGUCCACUGCAUUACUAAGAUCAUCGUCGAAGACCACGCCCUGAUCAAGUUUGUCUUCUGGACGUUUGAAGUUGAAGAGUGGCCGGAUUGUUCCUAUGAUUACUUAGAACUGAGGACGCAGGGUCUCGGUGCCCCACAAACAUUCUGUGGGAGCAAGUCGCCAUUUUCCUGGCUGUCCGCUGGUAAUAUCGCCAUAGUAACCUUCCAUAGCGAUCACAUCAUAACGAGCGGAGGUUUCAAGGCGGACUACGAAACGAUAUCGAAACUGGAUCAGCUCAAAGCUUGUGAUGAGAGUCUGUUUGCACGAAAUGGUUCCCUGUCUUCUCCCCACUUCCCUAAGCCGUACCCAGGCAAUAAGGACUGUCGAAUAACCAUCACGGCGGAGCCAGACUAUGUUGUCCAGAUAUACUUCACUGAGUUUGAAGUGGAAUUCCAUGAGGAAUGCAAAUACGACUAUGUAUUGAUCAAGAACUUACCAGACGGAGUGCAGGACAAAUAUUGCGGAACCUUAAACCCAUUCACCUGGGUGUCAGAAGGCAACGAGGUUGUAGUGGAGUUCCACAGCGAUGCUAGUACAAUGAUGAAAGGAUUCUCAGCCCAUUACGUCACGUUCCCAGCACCCAUUCUACCCGAAGAUACAAUCAACCAACCAGCUAAAGUUUCCAAGUGUAACUCAGAGAUGUCAGCACAAGAGGGCGUCCUAACCUCCCCGAAUUUCCCGUACAAAUACGACAACGAUCAGAUGUGCCGUACGGAAAUUGAGACGGAGGUCGGCACACGUAUAAAUGUGACUUUCCACUUCAUGGAUAUUGAGGAACAUCGUGGGUGCCAAUGGGAUCAUGUAGAGAUAUUAGACGUUAAUUCUGGGCGGAAGUCGGAGCCAUUUUGCGGAAGUCUCUUCGGUCAAGUCAAAUCCUGGCAGUCGGACUCCAACCACAUCGUCGUCAUCUUCGUUAGUGAUGACAUCGUGACUCGAAUCGGAUUCUACGCAACUUAUACAGUGAAGUAAAUGACUUAAGAAACUUAAAGGAACGUUACAGAAUUGUUAAGAAACCAAAAUCAUGAAGAUCACAUAUUUACAUCAAACUUACC